AUGGGAUUUAGAUGGGAUGAUGCAUUCCUUGAUGGAGUCAACAUCCUCACGCUUGGCCUUUUCCUUGAUGGGAAUAAUCUAAUCAUCGAUGGGCUCAGCUUCUGCUCGGGCGAUGCUUCCACUGCCGGGAGACUACAUGAGAUGACAUUAGAUGAAUGA